AUGGAUGAGACUUUAGAUCCACAGAGCCAGGAGCAGGUUUACGUGCAUACUGUGUACAACGAGAUUGCAUCGCACUUCUCGCAAACGAGGUACAAGCCAUGGCCCAUUGUGGAGGAGUUCCUCUUACAGCGUGCAGUGGGCACCGUGGGGAUCGACGUUGGAUGUGGUAACGGUAAAUACCUCGGUGUCAACAAGGACGUGUACAUAGUUGGAUCUGACCGAUCUGAUGGCCUGAUUGGGUGUGCGAGGGAGUUUGGACAUGAGGUUAUGGUUGCGGAUGGGCUGUCGCUACCGCAUCCAGAGGGCCGGUUUGACUUUGCCAUCUCCAUAGCUGUUAUCCAUCACUUCUCCACGCCGCAGAGGAGAACAGAUGCUAUUCGACACAUCCUGAGUAAGCUGAAACCGGGCGGAGAAGCACUGAUCUACGUGUGGGCUUUAGAACAGGAGAAUUCUAGAAGAGGUUAUAAAGAAGGCGAUCCCCAGGACGUGCUGGUUCCAUGGGUUUUGCAAAAGAAGCAACCAAAGAAGCCGAAGCAGAAGAAGAAGAGGAUUGCAUCAGGUAGUAACGAGGAGCCUAAAGAGGAGCCUAAAGAGGAGCCUAAAGAGGAGUCUAAAGAGGAGUCUAAAGAGCCUGAGACGAAGUACCGCUAUUACCACCUUUACAAAAAGGGUGAAUUGGAGUCAAACGCGGCAGAUGCUGGUGGAAUCGUUAUAAGACACGGAUACGAAAGAGACAAUUGUCUGCAACGAAUGAUGCCAGAAGAAGACGACCUGGACCUUUCAGAUGUCCCUAUGGACGAGUCUGAGAACGACAGCGACUUCAGCGAGAUAAUAGAGGAAGAAGCGGAGCAGCUGCUCAGUCUGAUCUUUGGCAAUAUUGACCAAACAACAAAGGUUUCGAUAAACGACGAUGGGGGUCCGUUGGAACAACAAGAGCCAGAGGAAGAGCUGGACAAGGAGGAGCGUACCAGGCUGCUGAUGGACCAUCUCUCACCGGAUCAGAUGUCACGGUACGAGUUUUUAAAGAGAUCCUCGUUGACGAGAGGGCAUUUGAGGAAGCUGGCAUAUUCCGUGCUCAACCAGAGUGUUUCACCAAACGUUGCCAUUAUACUCGGUGGUGUUGGCAAGCUGUUCAUUGGUGAGAUUGUGGAGAAAGCACGUGAGGUUAAGUUAAGAAUGGAUAAAGCUGCUCUGUUGAUUAAACUUAACGAAAAGAGGGAGCUGUUGGAUGAGCUACACAAGCAGAAUAGCCUACUGAAUGAUGAAGAGGAGAACAAGGAUGUACAAGACAAGAUCAAUACGAUAAAGCAAGAGUUGAAGAAGCUGGAUCUGAGGAAAAGCACAUAA